AUGAAGAAACAACCAACGUCUCACAGUUUUACUCAAAUAAUUGAAGAGAAUGUUGUACCUCAUGAUCAAAGCGAAGAGCAACUUAAUAAAGGCUCUCAAGAGGAUGAUAAAUUAACUAACUACAAACAGGAAUCAACUGGUGAAACAAACCAUGAUUCUGUUCAAGAAGAAAUAGUUACUGUUCUCGGUGAAGGAGUAGUUAAUACUCCACCGAGUUUGUGUGUGAUAGAGAUAGAUAUGCCACAAAAUCAGACAAAAAUGCCUUCAUCCAUCUCUGAAAAUAAUACUAUACAGAACCAGGUUUCGCUUGAACAAUCUGUCGAACCAGAUUGUCAAUCUCCAACGCCAGAGUUAUCUAAUAUUCCGCAACCAUCCCUUGAGCAAUCAUUACCUAAAAUUGGAUUAACUAAUCAAAGUGAAAAUAACAAUAUGGAUACAGAUGAUAUUCUCGUUUCUCAAAUUGAUCAAGAUUCAAUUUCCAAAUCUUUUCGCGCAAAAGCAGCAGAUCUUUUUGACGUCCCAAAUAAUGUUGCUACUACUGGUGAUACUUCACAUUGUGAAUUUGGCCCAAGUUCAAAUCCUAAUGCUACUGAAAACGCACCUUCAUGGGAUAAUUCUGUUAAUAAUUCUACAGAAUAUAAUUAUGGCAAAGAACCUCGUAGAUGGCGAGGCCGUCGUUCCCCAAGUUCUCAAGCUGAUAAUGAAAAAUCUGACCAUAAAAUUCCAUUUAAUCUGCCUAAAUUAACCGAUGCAGAUUUUCAGGCCUUGCCAUCUGGAUCACGUUUAUUUUUAGGCAAUUUGUCUACGCAUUCCACUUCAAAAAAAGAACUUUACGACAUUUUUUCCCCUCAUGGGGAAAUCUUGCAAAUAUCUAUAAAAAAUAGUUUUGGUUUUGUUCAAUAUAAUAACCCAGAAAGUGUUAAAAAAGCUAUUGAGAAGGAAAACGGUUUGGAAGUCUCCCAUGGUAAGCCAUGGCAUCAUAUACCACCGAAUGAGGAUGGGUCCAAACCUUCGUUUGCCAACCGGCAAGAAAAACAUUGGAAUCAAAGAGGAUGUAAGGAAGAUUGGUACCAGAAUGAUCGUGAUUAUCCUCCGGGGCGAGGGCAUCAAGGUCAAUCUUAUCCAGAUCGUCGAUAUGAUGAUUACGAUCGUCGGAAUACUGAUUAUAAGUUUGACCGUCGUGCUUCAUAUGAUUCAAGAGGUGGCUACGAAUAUUCUGAUCAGAGGGAUUAUCGUUCUCCACAAGAAUAUCGUGGUGAUUAUAAAGAUGAGCAUGAAUAUCGACCUCGGGACGAUAGAGGAUACCGUCGUAGUUCAUAUCGUGAUGAGCAUCGCGAUGAAAGAUAUGCACAACGUUCAAAGCCCUACAGAAUCCCCUCUAGGGAUUAUAUGGAACGAAGACAAAGUCGUGACCAUCCUUAUCGAUCCCAAUCUCAUGAUGAACCUGAUGAUGAGUUUCCCUUACCUCGACGCCAAGGAAAUGAUGUCCCUGAAUGUCAAAUAAUCGUACUUGAAGAAAAGAAACUUCAAUUAAAAUGUACUAUCCCAUUUUUACAAAAUAGUAAUUUUCUUUGGCAAGUAGAAAGUUCUUUCCGCGAAGCAAAUAUCACUGUUCAUACCCUUCAUUUAUCUCGAAAACUUCAUAUUCAAGCUGUUAUUCGCCAAAUGAUUGUUGAAGGAGUUCAUGCGGUUGUUUUUAUGGAACGGCACAAUGCGAUAAACGGUCGUGUAAAUAUGCAAAUAUUCGAUCAAUCUCGAGUAAGAGAUAAUGUCAAAUAUGAUGAAUACAAUAAUAUUAAAGUUGACGAAGCAGUUAACCUUUUAUUGAGAACUCGUAUUCUGCAACGGCAGGGCGAUCUUAGACCGCCAGAUAACUUAUUGCUUAGUGGUCAACCAAAUUUAUCACAAUCACAACAAGGACAGCCAGGUCCAGCUGGACUUCAUCCAAUAUCUUUAAGUAACGUUAAUUUUGCCGCACUCGCAAAUCUUCUUGGGACUCUUCAACAACAACAACCCCCCACUAAUCCUAACCAGGGGAUUCAACCAAUGCCGAUGAUUCCAUUAGGAAGUAUUCAACCUUCUCAUCCAGGUUUGUUGAAUCAACAACAGCCUCAAAACAUCGAUGUUCAACAGUUACUUAGACAACUUGCACCCCAAAACACCGGGCUUCCAAACCAACCUCCUUUUAUGCCUGUGCCCCCACAUAUGGCACCUAACCUUGGCCCACCACCUUCACCCUAUAAUGCCCCGAUGGUGGGCCAACCUCCCAGUAUCGUUCCUCCUAAUCCCAUUACACCUAAUGGGUUGUCCCUAGCUCAGCAUCAAUCUCAACAUAUUAAUUCCAAUGUACCACAAUUUUCAACUACAAUUUCUACUGCCUCUAAUGUGACAGACUUAAUGGCACA